ACAUCGUGUCAAGAACUUAAAAAAAAAAAACAAUUUAAUAAUGACGUCAAUAAGCUCGUGAAGCUUAAUCUUUUCUGACAAAUUUGUCGAAUGGAACUAUAAUAAGCUAUAGGCUUUCCGAAAAUGCCGAGGUAAAAACAUUUUUUUUACAUAUAAUUUUUUGGAUUUUCAAAUGUUAGACUUGAAGCGAUUUCAGUAUGAUGCAUCAAUGAACCAUUCACAUUUAAGCACAUGUGGGUGGCAGAGAGAAUAUAAACUUUUUUUUCGCAAGUAUCGAAUUUUCCUUGCGUAGACUAGAUUGUGAAUUGUCGACCUCGCAGCUAAACACUUUUGAUACUCAAAAUUAUGAUAUUGUUCUUCGCUAGUUAUUGUUACUAAAUUCCGCGAACAGUACCGAGAUCGAUGUUGGAUAGUGGCGCUGGUGAAAAAGUUUCUACAAUGAGCGACCAAGACGAUCCUCUGGCUCAGCCGCAGACUACUCCUCGCAGUUCGCUCGGUUCCGGUGUGCUUUCCUACAGCAACUCAUCGAUAUCGCCUUCGACCAGCUCUAGCAGUUCGCAAGGAUCCGCCAAAUCGGCCGUCAGCGAGUGCCUCGGAGCAUGGCUAAACUAUCUACAGAUUAUGAACAAUCUCUGUGCGGCCGGGUACCGGUUAGCCCAGACUAUUGCCGCACUGGAACCGUGGGCGAGUUUCGACCAAUCAUCACAGACAGGUGGCAACCAGCAGCAGCAGCAACAACAACAAUCGCAACAACCAUUCAUUCCCUCGCAGAUACCAUCGCAUAUGGCUUUCCAGUUCAUCACCGCUUGGGAUGACCUGGCACGAGCUUCGGUAGUAGCCACCAGCACAGUGAAAUCGCAUAUUGUCAGUGUAUUGCAGGACUUUAAAACGCAGCCAUUGAGCUCAGUAGAGCAAGAAUGUGAACUUCAGCAUAUCAGAGAAUACAAUCAACUAAUACUCCAGGAUAAUGCUCAAACGAUGAUCAACCUUCAGCAUCAAUUUUGUGUUGCAUCCUGUGACUCAUUUGCACAACUCAUGUGCUGCUAUCAAUGCCAAACUCAGGUGGGAUUCCCUCAUGAUCCAGAGUGUCCAAUGGUGCAACAUCCCAUGUCUGCAGCUGCCACAAUUGCCCGAAACGAUCAAAGAUCGCAAACACCGUCGCCUCACUUUGGGGUCAAGAUGCAAGAAGCUCGACUGUAUGACCGAGGAUCGAUAUCCACUCAAGGUUCGUCCGAUCACGGAACUACAGCCUAUGAACAAACUCGUGGCCCCUCGCCGCAUGAUAUUCGUGGACCAAGCCCCAUCCAAGGCUAUUUGGACAACAUCAGAGGACCGUUACCUAAUCCCGGCCAUCUCUCUGGUAUGAAGGCACCAUUCUACCGUGGAUCGAGAAGUCCAUUAAAUUUCCCACUGUUCACGCUGAACGGCCAACGUCGGUGGUCGGAAGCUGCGGCCGGUGAAGUGAGCUCCGAAUCGACACUGGAUGCCGAGAGCCAGAUGCGCCGAUGGUCGAUGCCUUGGGAAGCUAAAGCGGACAAGUCGACCGUCCACUGGAACCAAACCAGAAUUAUGCCCAUAUCGAAGCUUGCCGUGCCACAACAGUCCGGCGGACCGAAGUCGUCCACCGGAGAUAGAAGCCAGAGUACAACGCCUGACUCGACGUGGCAUUCGUCGGUCACCAGUCAGGAUGGUUUGGUGGAGGCCAUCCAGUUGCUAUCCUGUCGACCAAUUUAUCGCCUCCCACCGAUGCCACCGCCGAGUAUUGGGCCACCGUUUGUCGAGGAACCUUGUGGAGGCGGGGGACCCCAACAGCAGCAGAUGCCACAGCAAAACUAUUCCGCGAAUCCCGGUUUGUACGGAAUAUGGACCCAGCAGAACCCACCGAGUGCAAUGCUUCGCCAGCAAUCGAUCCAGGACCGCGUCGUUCCACCGUUUAUGCAGUACAUUCGCGAACAGGAAGGCUCUCUAGAUGAAAAUCCUCCGACUUAAAAAUGAAGUUAAACCGCUUAAGAUAUUUCCAGUAACGAGUAACGGGAACAUUGUGGGGUGAGUAAACUAGUGGUGACAUAAAAUUUCAAUCGUAUGUAAUCAAGCAGCAUGACGAAUUUAUUUGGUGAACGUAGCUAGGUAUUCAGAAAGUGCAAAAAAAAAUCUAACAUUUAGAGGAAGUAUCAAAUGUAAUAUCAUAUGACCAGAAUGGGCCGGGGAAGGAGAUCUUUUUUCAAACACGAAAUAAUUAUUUGAAAAAUAAAACAAAUCUCAUAGUAGAGUGAAGGGGGGAUGAACAACUCAAAAUCCUUACGUUGUUAGUGUACCGUCCCUUAUUGACUGAAAAAACGAUAUACUAUACAGAGUAGAUAGGGGCAAACGUGGCAAAAUAGGAUAGUUUGAUCAUCGAUGUCUAUCGAGUUUGCGUGUUUUUUAAAUGUUCAAGAUCCUGGAUCUUGAAAAAAAUAGAAUCUCUGAAUUAUUAGAAUCCCGUACCCAUUUAGAUUAAUUCGAUAUUUCCACGGUAUCGUGAGUCUGUAAAAAAAAACAAUGGAAGCUGUGAAGAUCUACAGUUCUUGCACGCGAUAAAAGUGACACAUGAUUGUAGUUUGAAUGUACACCUGCCUAUCACGCAUGUGAAAAUAUUAGAAUCUUGCCCUACAAGGUAAUAUUCGACAUUCUAAAUGUAACUCACAAGCAAAUAAAGAAUACAACGUUGAUCUGAUUCGAUUAGUUUCUCGUGGUUGAAACGGUAAAGCUUUUCUCACGAGCGACUUGUAUAUCGGCAUUUGGUUCAAUUAAACAUAAUGGGA